ACGGAAGUGAGUUCAGAGUUGCCGAGUCUUUCCACUCCACCCCGCCUGGCGCAGGCGCGAUACCUCGGGCAGCCAGGAUCUCCAGCCCCGCCUCGGUGAGGAAGUCCCGCCUGUGCCCCUUGGCGGCUGGGGUCUUGUGUGGCAGCGCUGCAGGGAUGCCCCGCUAUUGCGCAGCGAUUUGCUGUAAGAACCGCCGGGGACGAAAUAAUAAAGAGCGGAAGCUUAGUUUUUACCCGUUUCCUCUACAUGACAAAGAAAGACUUGAAAAAUGGUUAAAGAAUAUGAAACGAGAUUCAUGGGUUCCAAGUAAAUACCAGUUCCUGUGUAGUGACCAUUUUACUCCUGACUCUCUUGACAUCAGAUGGGGUAUUCGCUAUUUGAAACAAACUGCAAUUCCAACAAUAUUUUCUUUGCCUGAAGACAAUCAGGUAUUGGAGGAGAAAGAUCCUUCCAAAAAAAAAUCUCAGAAGAAAAAAUUGAAAAGUGAGAAAGAAGUAUGCCUAAAAGCCAAGUCAGAAGAAUCCUUUGCAUCAAAUGAGCCAAAGAAGCAUCCAGUUAAUACAGAUCUCCUCCCUGAACAUACAGAAUUACUUGAAUCAUCUGCCUUGGUAAAACCACCAGAUCCAAAAGCAGAAAGUGUGCAAAAUAACAUAUUAACUCUUAGUCUAGUUAAACAAGGUACCAGAAAACCAGAAUCUACAUUGGAAACAUCAGUUAACCAAGACAUGGGAAUAGGUGGUUUUCACACAUCAUUUGAGAAUCUAAGUUCUACAACUAUUACUUUGACAACUGCAAGUUCAGAGGGCAUUCAGCAGCCUUUAGAAACCCAAGAAGUGAUUGAAAUAACUACUAAUCAUCUUGCUAACCCACACUUUACAAAUAAUUCUGUGGAAGUUAAGUCAGCACAGGAAAAUCCAUUCAUACUCAGCACAGUUACUCAAACAGUUGAAGAAUUAAACACAGAUAAAGAAUCCGUUAUUGCCAUUUUUGUACCUACAGAAAAUUCCAAACCUGCAAUUAAUUCUUUUAUACCUGCCCCCAAAGAAACAGUGGAAAUGGAAGAUAUAGACAUUGAAGACUCAUAUAAGGAUGUAGACUAUGAGACAGAAGUUUUACAGAUUGAGCAUUCUUACUGCAGACAAGAUGUAAGUAAGGAACAUCUUUGGCAGAAAGUGUCUAAACUACAUUCAAAGAUAACUCUCCUUGAGUUACAGGAACAACAAACUCUAGGGAGAUUGAAGUCUUUGGAAGCUCUUAUAAGGCAGCUAAAACAGGAAAACUGGCUAUCGGAAGAAAAUGUCAAGAUUAUAGAAAACCAUUUUACAACAUAUGAAGUUACUAUGAUAUAGAUUAAGAGGUUUCCAAGUUUGUGACUUUAAUGUAAGGUUUCUGUUAGCCAAACCAAAUUCUGUGUGAAGUGAACUUUUUCCUGUGUAAAGUUCUUAACCUUAAGCCAAGCAAGUGCUCUAAUGUUAUGAACUGCAUCCUAUUCUUAUUAUGCUCAUUUUUUGAAAAACAACUCGAGAGUUAUUGAGUAGAUGACAUUUCAAUGCUUGUUAAUUUUCCAAAUUUAAAGUAAAAACUUAGUGAAUAAGUAAUAUGAUUCAGUCAUAAAAUGAAAGAACACAGAUAUGGUAAGCAAGAGCCCAGAAUAGAAGUCAGGUUCCAGAAUCAGUCCUGAUUCUACCAUUGAGAUGUGUCUUGGACAAGUUACUUAAGAUUGAGUCCCAGUCUCUUUAUUUGUAGAAGAAGGGCACUGAACUAGAUCUCUUACAUAGUUGUUUCUUUUUAGUUUCUUCCCUUUCUAGAAAAUACUUGUAAUAGAACAAGUUUUCUGUAUGAUAAUCUUGCACAAAAGUAGAUGCUGGCUAGAAUUUUCUACUAUUACCUGUUAGGUUCUUCUCAAUAUGUAUUAAAUUCUGUGUUGCUUGACCUUUGGGCUAUAAUUUUUUGUAUUAUACAGCUUCCCUGAUGGCUCGAGCAGUAAAGAAUCCACCUGCAAUGCAGGAGAGCCAGGUUUGAUACCUGGGUCGGGAAGAUCCCCUGGAGAAGGGAAUGGCAACCCACUCCAGUAUUCUUGCCUGGAGAAUCCCAUGAAUAGAAGAGCCUGGAGGUCUGCAGUCCGUGGGGUCACAAAGAGUUGGACAUGACUAAGCAACUAAUAUUUUUUGUAUUUUACCAGAAAAUACUCUUGUUAGGUUUUAUUCCAGUUGAACUAAAAUAAGGAAUCAACCAUUAGCCUAGUUCUUAGGAGAGGUACUUUAAACUUGAAAGAAUAUGUAUCUUAUAUGUAGCUGACCAUCAUAAUACACAGUUAUUUGAAUUGACACCCUGCAAUUAAAGUUAUUUUUAUAAACCAAAAAUUUCAAUGAGGUUAAUUUUUUAAGAAUUAACAGUUUGUAUCUAUUUAAAAUGUAUAACCUUUAAACGUGUGCAUGUCUCAUUUUAAAAUUCCAGAAUAGAAUAAUACUUCUUAUUAUACCUUCCCACUUACAUGUAUUUUAUUAAAAUAAAUUAUAGAUAGGUGGUGAUGACCAUGGCUUUCCAAGUGGUGCAAUGAUAAAGAAUCUGCCUGCCAAUGCAGGAGAUGCAGGUUAAUCCCUGGGUUGGAAGGGUCCCCUGAAGUAAGAAAUGGCAACCCACUCCAGUAUUCUUGCCUAAAAAAUUCCUUGGGCAGAGUAGCCUGAGAGGCUACAGCCCAUGGAGUUGCUGUUUUUCUAAAUGGAUGGUGAUUAUUUGGGGUUAUAUUUCACUUAGUUUUUUAGGCUAAUAAGAUUAAUUAGCAUUAUAUGAAUGUGUAUUAGCUAAUUAUAAAAAAGUUAAUCAGAGGUGUCCUUAUAACCAUGGGAGGAAAAAUCCUUAACAUUUUUGUAUAAAUUAUGUACAUAUAAUUAAUAAAGUUGAUAUAUUAAGUUCCA